AUGGUGUCAUCCCAUUCUCACGGACCUGGUACUCAAAGUUACAGUCUAAAUUCUACCAUGAAACGCAGUAACGAUUAUGGAAAUCAAAGUCAUGAUAAUAUUAAAAAACCACGUUUUGGUCAAAGCUAUAAUAGCGGUUAUUCUUUAACAGGAGCAGCAAUGAUGAUGGCCACACCUUCUUAUUCUCAAGGUACAGCAGGUUAUCAUCCUGUAGGUGGUCACUUUGCCAGUAUGGGUGGUUAUCAUCAAGCAGCUUCACAAUAUGCUACAGCUAUGAACCAAUAUAAUACUACUAGCGUUAGUAGUAUGGUUCCCCAGUUUACUGGGGCCUUCUCAACAAGUCAAUUCCCAAGUUCUUAUCAACAAACUGCUGUUAAUAGUUCUGCUACAAAUGCUACUGGUCGUACUGUAUAUCUUGGAAACGUACCAGCAGACACACAAAUGGAUGAAAUUAUAAAUCAUAUUAAGAUUGGUCCAAUAGAAUCUAUUAGAGUUUUUCCAGAUAAAAAUUGUACAUUUAUUUCUUUCAUGGAUGGCGCAGCUGCUAUGGCAUUUUACCAAGAAGCAACUAAUCGUAAAAUUAUGAUUCACAAUCAAGAACUUAAAGUUGGUUGGGGUAAGCCUUCACCUAUACCAGUUAAUGUUCAAGUCGCUGUUAGCACACAAAAUGCUUCACGCAAUGUUUAUCUAGGAAAUUUGGACGACACAUUUACCGAGUCUAUCUUACGUGAAGACUUGGGUAAAUUUGGAACCAUCGACACAGUGAAAAUUGUCAAAGACAAAAAUAUUGGAUUUGUUCAUUUCUUGAGUAUUGCAAGUGCUAUGAAGGCAGUUCAAUCGUUACCGACAGAUCCUAAAUAUGCGAACAAAAAAGUAAAUUAUGGUAAAGAUAGAUGUGUUCAAAAAAACAUGCAAAAUGGCAACACUGCUACUCAAUAUUCAUCGUUUCCAGGAGCUUCUAUGAAUUUCCAAGGUUUUGCAGGUGCGACAGCAAUAGGUUAUGGUGGAUCAGCUUUUGACCCUUAUCAUACUGGUAUGGCAACUGGAAGCAGUCAAAUGGAAAAUGGAACGGAAAUGCGUAGCCCAACCAGUCCACUUUUCUCGUCUGCUUCGUCCGCUACAGGUAGCGCCAAUUCUAGCUCCAAUGUUGGAAAUCGUACAAUCUAUCUUGGUAAUAUUCAUCCCGAUACUACAUGUGAAGAAAUUUGCAAUGUUAUUCGUGGCGGUAUUCUUCAACAAAUCAGAUAUAUGCCAGAAAAACAUAUAGCAUUUAUCACUUUUAUUGAUCCAAAUUCUGCCAGUAGUUUUAUGUAUUUAGCACAACAAGUAGGUGUGGUGAUCAAGAAUAGAAGACUUAAGAUUGGUUGGGGGAAAAAUUUGGGACCGUUACCUGGUCACAUUCAAAUAGCAGUAACAACUCAAAGUGCUUCUCGUAAUGUUUAUGUUGGGCAAAUUGAUGAGAAUAUGACCGAAGAAAAGCUUCGUAGAGAUUUUCAAGAAUAUGGUGAGAUAGAAUUGGUCAAUAUUCUCAAAGAAAAAAAUUGUGGAUUCAUCAACUUUACUUCCAUUGCUUCAGCCAUCAAAGCAAUUGAAGGCAUUAAAAGCAAAGACGAGUACAAAAAAUAUCGCAUCAAUUAUGGAAAAGACCGUUGUGGUAAUCCACCAAGAGGAAUUACAAUGAAUAAUAUGGGUAUUUCAAGUGGCAAGACUAAAGGACGUAAUAAUGGUGAAUCUGAUGCUAGGGUUCUUCACGCAGGUGAUAAUUCUGAAUCAGGAAAUAUUGAUGGAGUAGAAGAUGACGUUCUAGAAGGUGAAGAAGAAUAA